AUGUCACAAGCCCUAUUUUCGGUAUCCCUUUACGACACGUUAGGUCCUUCCACCACCGAAUAUAUUAUCAAUCAUGCCUCAAUACCGUGCAUCGUCACAUCGCUACCCCAUAUUCCGACGCUGCUCAAGCUGAAGCCCAGGCUACCGACCUUGAAAGUCAUCAUCUCCUUGGACCCUCUGGAGAAUGGCGAGAGGGACGGCUGUUCAAAGAAGUAUUUACUCAAUGCUGUAGCUUCGGAUCUGGAUGUCAAGAUAUAUUCUAUCGACGACGUGGAAUCUAUCGGCGCUUCUUUUGGAACACCUCUCUAUCACCCUCCUGCGCCCAGUGAUAUUGCUACAAUCAACUAUACAUCUGGAACGACCGGCCCGCCGAAAGGGGUCACCCUGCUUCACUCAAAUACUGUUGCAGCUACCUCUUGCGUACAUGUCAUGUUUGAGCAUAGACCCUCGCGGACAACAUUGUCAUAUCUCCCGCUUGCCCACAUUUACGAGCGGAUGACUGAGCAUGGUCUUCUCUGGUGUGGUGGAGGUAUAGGCUACUUUCAUGGUGAUAUUCUGCAACUCGUCGACGAUUUGCAAACCCUCAAACCAAAUGCCUUCAUCUCUGUUCCUCGCCUGUACAACCGGUUUGGGGGUGCUAUUCGCGCUGCAACUGUAGAGCAGCCAGGGUUUAAGGGCGCACUAUCACGCCAUGUGAUCGAUACUAAAGUUGCGAGAAUGACGCCACCAGAGUCGCCUAAUGCCACGAACAAACAUGCAAUCUAUGACCGAAUAUGGGGCCGAAAGGUUGCAUCAGCCAUUGGUUUGCAAAACGCUGAGUACAUGAUAUCUGGAUCUGCGCCCCUCGAUCCAAGCUUGCAUCGUUUCCUCCGGGCCGUUUGUGGUAACAAGUUUGUUCAAGGCUACGGCCUGACUGAAACGUACGCGCUCGGACUGUGUCAGGCUUUGGAUGACAUGACCGUAGGCAAUUGUGGGGGCGUAUCACCUUCUUUGGAGUUCUGUCUUAUGGAUGUGCCUGACAUGGAGUACCUCGCUACCGACAAGCCGCAGCCAAGAGGUGAGGUGCUCAUGCGUGGACCACCAGUCUUCGCAGGGUACUAUCGGAACCCAGAAGAAACUAAAAAAGCCAUGCUACCAGAUGGCUGGUUCCGGACUGGCGACAUUGCCACGAUUGAUAACAUGGGACGCUUCAAGAUUAUUGAUCGCGUGAAAAAUGUCCUGAAGCUUGCCCAGGGUGAAUACAUAUCUCCUGAACGCUUGGAAAACAUCUAUCUCUCGCACCUCAGCUAUUUGGCAAUGGCCUAUAUACAUGGCGAUAGUCUUCAGACCUUCCUAGUAGCUAUCUUCGGUGUGCAACCGGAUACGUUUGCUCCUUUUGCUUCCAAAAUAUUGGGGAAGACCAUCGAGCCAACAGAUGUAGUAGGCAUCAAGGCAGCUUGUGAAGACGCACAGAUCAAGAAAGCAAUCAAGAAAGACCUCGAAUUCGUUGGCCGAAAGAAUAAAUUUGCUGGGUACGAAAGGGUAAAUAAUUUUAAGCUGAUGGUAGAUCCAUUUACGAUUGAUAAUGAGUUACUGACGCCUACGUAA